CAAACUGGAGCGAUUUUAAAAUGAAAAAUUUUGCAGCUUCAGUUGCUUUGUAUACAGCAAAUAAAAAGGAAGGUGUUAGGCAGAAAUGGACAAUUAUUGGAAAGUGUUUUUAUUAUUGAGCGUAUUUCUAUCGCCACAUCUAAUCUGGAUGGGUGCGGAAGCUCGUUUACAUAUCUCAAAAGUUACCCAACCUACGGAAGCAACCACCACACCCAUACCACCUACAAAAGACGAAAUCAUUGAGCAAGUCCUACCAAAAACUACACAGUCCUUGAUACCCGAUACACCAGGUGUACGACAAUUCAAAGAAGAUUUGAUUUCCCAUUUAAUGCCGACUAUAUUGGGGCAAAAAGAAGAUGAAUCUGGUGUUUACGUAGCUCAAUUGUCAUCUGAGGAAGUAGACCAGCCUUGCACCACUGAUAGAGUUCGAAUACAAUUGAUUAGCAGUAGCUUUCCCUUGCCAGAGCGUUUCUUUCAUGCACCAAAGAGAUGUUCGGAAGAAGAUGAAGACUGAAUUUGCGCUUAACAAAGUGGAAAUAUAACAAUUCUUGUAUGAGCAAUAAUUUUUAUGGCAAAAACGCGGUAAAAUAAAUUUAAGCUCGCAAUUGAUGCAAAAAUUAA